UGGAGCGCUCCUGCAGGCCCGGCUCGUCAGAGGCAGGACGCGUGAAGGGCGCUCAUCGUGUGGUCUCUCCUCAAGCCCGAGGAUCUGUCUUGGACCCGCGACCAUUAGCAUUUAGAGACGGGGAAUAGUAACUUGCCCGAUAACUAAGUGUUGUAUAAAAGAAGUUUUAUUAUAUGAAGACGUUUGUGGAGGUGUUAACCUGGUAAAGAAACCUGACUGGCAGUGCUUGCAGGAAGUGGGAGUUCUCACUGGACUUUGAAGCAAACACUAAGGACUUCUAAGAAUGUGUAUUGUGAAGUACGCGACCAUAGUGGGAGUCCUGCCAGAUAUAAUAUAUAAAAUAUACAGCAUUUAGCAAAUCCGGACAAAAUAAGUUUGCUGAUUCAUGUGGUUUAUGAUAUGGAAGGUCAAUAGCGCUCAUCCUCGCCCCUCCAAGGAUAUCUGUGAAGGAACUCUUUACAGGCGGGACCCGACGGGAUGGAGCAGACUCUCACCUCCUCUCAGAUGAAAGCAAGAGGGAGAUAAGAAAACAAGGAGAGAAAACAACACAAGGGAAACAGAGACCGUGUGAAAACACAUGUGAAGGGAAUCUAUAGAAGCAAGUAAAAAAAAAUUAAAACAAAUGAGAUCAGGUUGCUGUCGUUUGACUCCCAGGCAGUGAGGGGAGCACUAGACAGGUACAACUGGGUGAUCGGUGGUAAUUAAUGACUCUCUCCCCCUCUACCCGAGGCUUCCAACGGCUGUACAAAAUGGAGAGGAAACAACGGUAGAGAGAAAUACACCACAACUGACAACGUUAAAUGUAUUAACAAACCUGGAAUUGAAAGAAAACAGUGCAUUGUGAUUUUUUCUCAGGAAAACAGAGAGAUUGAAACCCGAGAGAAAAGAACGAAAAAUAGAGUGAUAGAACAAGGAAAGAGAGGUGAAGGCAGGAAAAGAGUAGAAAGGUGUAAGUGAGAGGGGGAGGAAGAGAGAGAGAGAGAGAGAGAGAGAGAGAGAGAGAGAGAGAGAGAGAGAGAGAGAGAGAGAGAGAGAGAGAGAGAGAGAGAGAGAGAGAGAGAGAGGAGGAUAGAGAUACAAGUUACACUCUCAGUAACGUGUGUGGCAGCAAGAUACUCCCACAAUGACCAAUACGGCAGCCUGUACGGGCCUGAGCCUGCCCGUCCUCUCCCGGCGUCCCCACAGCCCUCAUAACCCCCAAGAUAACCAGCCCAAGAUAACCUCAAGAAGCCCCCUGCGCCGCCCCCCGCCCCUGUCCCUCCUGCUGGUGGUCGCAUCCCUCCUCCCGGUCGCCAUGACAGAUGGCGCUGGGGAGGACGGUCUGCCGAGGUUCGUGUCACCCAUAGAGAACGUGACGGUGUCUGUGGGGCGGGAAGCCAAACUGUCCUGUGUCGUCGAGAACCUCCACCACUACCGGGUGGCGUGGAUCUACAAGGGCACCGGAGGACGGACAGUGUUGACGGUGGCGACGCAGGUGAUCACCAAGAACCCCAGGAUCUCCACCACCCAGGAGGCGCAGGCCUGGGUCCUCACCGUCACCAACCUCACCAAGAAGGACCAGGGCGUCUACAUGUGUCAAGUUAACACCAAGCCCGCGCGCAAGCAGAUGGGUUACCUCUAUGUUGUUGUUCCUCCGGUUAUUGAUGACGCCACAAGCAGCAGUGACGUCACAGUGACGGAGGGUAGUGACGUAGUGAUGACGUGCGACGCCAGCGGGGAUCCUCAGCCAAUAAUACGCUGGAUACGGGAGGAUGGGCGGAGAUUCAACAUUAACUCGUCGCUGAUUGGAGUGGAGGAGCACCUGGGGAGGAGCGUGGUGCUGGGGAGGGUGGGGAGGACCGCCGGGGGAGCCUUCCUCUGCAUCGCCACCAACGGGGUUCCUCCCUCCGUCAGUAAGAGGAUCUUACUCGCCGUAAACUUUCCUGCCAGGAUAGUUGGCGUUGAUGUGCUUGGGACAACUGGCGUUAAUGACUCAGUUCGAGUACGUGGGUCAGCUGGCGCGGUUCUAGGUGAAGUUCUGAGGGUGAGAUGCAGGUUCGAAUCCCGCCAGCUGCCGGAAGUACGUUGGUUUCGCGGCCCCCGUGAGUUGAGAGGUCAGGGGUCAGAGGUCACCGUCCACAACACACACCAGGAGGAGUCCGGACUCUGGACCUCAACGCUGACCGUGGAGAACCUGAGACCCAGCGACUUGGGAGAGUAUCGAUGUGUUGUUCACAACCAUCUUGGCAGAGACCAGGUCACGCUUCAUGUGAUAGAGCUCACUACCACCACCACCACAACAACCACGACGACGACCACGACUACCACCAUAGCCCCCUCGCAGGUGUACCAACCAAACACCUCCACCAAUGUGGCCACCAUUCUACACCAACAACACCUACCGUCCCAGUCGUCCUUUGUCCACUGGUGGAGUAUCUUGGCCAACGAGACCACGACGAUAGCCAGUCAGACUAGACUCCUGCAGGAGGAGGAAGAGGAGGCUCAAGACAAGACUCCCAAAAAGCAGCAGCCUCAGACGCCACUCAGUUUCGGAUCGUAUGUUGGGGACCCGGCGGCCUCGUCUUCGUCUCUGUCGCUGUGUUCUUGGUGGGGCCUGAGGACGGGUCUCGGACUUAUUGCAAUAGUCUCGGUGACCUAAACUUUCAUUCGUGCCCCUAAGGUCUCCUGCCAAGCUCCCUGUGUCCUAAACUCUCAUUUGUGUCCCCUAAGAUAUCCUGCCACAGUAUCGUAACCUCUAAUUUGUCUCCCAAAGAUAUCCUGCCACAGUAUCCUAACCUCUAAUUUGUCUCCCAAAGAUAUCCUGCCACAGUAUCCUAACCUCUAAUUUGUCUCCCAAAGAUAUCCUGCCACAGUAUCCUAACCUCUAAUUUGUCUCCCAAAGAUAUCCUGCCACAGUAUCCUAACCUCUAAUUUGUCUCCCAAAGAUAUCUUGCCACAGUAUCCUAACCUCUAAUUUGUCUCCCAAAGAUAUCCUGCCACAGUAUCCUAACCUCUAAUUUGUCUCCCAAAGAUAUCCUGCCACAGUAUCCUAACCUCUAAUUUGUCUCCCAAAGAUAUCCUGCCACAGUAUCCUAACCUCUAAUUUGUCUCCCAAAGAUAUCCUGCCAGUGUUCUAACCUCUAAUUUGUCUCCCUAAGAUAUCCUGCCACAGUGUCCUAACCUCUAAUUUGUCUCCCAAAGAUAUCCUGCCACAGUGUCCUAACCUCUCAUUUGUGUCCCCAAGAUACCCUGCUACACUGAUAUCCUAAGCUCCCAUUCCAGGCCCUAAGUUCUCUCGCGACACAGAAAACUGACUAAGAAAGUUGGAGGUCCUCAUGAAGACGGACCCUGAAGAUAUAUUUCCUUCUGUGAGAACUCGCUUUGAGGAGGAACUAAAAUAAAAUUCAGGCAUUUUUCCCUUGACGUGAGCGUGUUUGUGUUAUUUCGACGAAGAAAGAGGGAAAAUAUUGAGGGGAUGAAUGAAAAGGUUGACAACAAGUUUUAGAAAGUCCGUAAAGGCAAUAGACAUUUGGUAAAAGCUAACAAUAAGUUAAUAAAGCUCAUACAAAAUAAUUAUGGUGACUCGUAAAAUGGCAAAAGGCACAGAAAUAUAUAAAAGAACAAAGUCGGAAAAGGGCUUUGAAAAUGAAUGACAACGAGACGGCAUCAGUUGCGAGUUGAGAAACGAAGCCGUGAGAAAAAUUGUGGAAGACCGACAAGUUAAAGAUUUUCCUGAGAGCUUAAGUGGAAAAACCGGCAGAGGUCUGGCAGGAAAGAAAGCUAAGCUGCAAGAGAAGGCGCGCCCGGGGUAAAAUGGCGGGAUAUGGAAAAACGGAAGAUGGGAAGGCACACAAUCCGCAUUUACCCAAACACACACUGCGACACACUCUAAACAAACUUAAACCCAGACACAAUUGCACACCCAUAUACACAUUUGCAUACACAAACACACAAACAAACACAAACCCACAAUAAAAAUACUUCCCUGUGGCAGUGGUCAUUAUUUGUUUUUUUUUUCCAAUAUUCAUUUUAAAAAUUCGUGAAGGGAAUGCUAACAUAUUUUCCGAAAGGUAACAAAAAAUAAUAAGUUUAAAGCCAAUUUCAAAAUGAGGAAACAACUCUUCAAAUUUGUAAACCAUCCACAGAAUACUGAAUAUAUGAUUGUUCUAAAACAGUUACAAUAUUUCUGAACUAUUUUCAGAUGGCCUUAAACCAUUUCCAGGUGGUCCGAAUUAUUUUCCAAACGGCCCUGAAACUUCAAUAUUUCUCGAAACCGUUUUAAGAGUGUGAAUUCGUUUACAUAAAACCUGAACCCAUUUUCCAACGUCCAGCGCGAGUCUUCAAACCCUGUGAGUGACGGAAGGUACGAUAAUCACCACCACAACAGGUCCGGGACUUCACUAACAGACGUGUAAAAUUGACACGUGUUGCCAAUUUUGCUGAUAUUCAUCAAGGCUCAAGUGUAAGGUUCAAGCCUAUUCCAAUUUUGGCGAACAUUGACCAUCGCCUAUCUUCCGUUAGGCUGCGAGAGAACUUCGCCCCUGUGUUACUCAAACAUAAGAAUCUCUCUCCCUUGCUCACAGAUCGCUUGUUUUCAACUUGUUGGCCCCAAAAAAGAUGUGUCGUUUAAUGAAUGUAUAUAUACCGUAUUGAUAGUUUAAGAUUAAAUUAAUAAAUUUGCACCAAGAGGAAGCUUUAAGUACCUUGCACAAUAUUUUAUCUAAUAAAAUAGAUAACUGUAACGACGGA